AUGAGUUCUUACAAGAAAGUGGCUCUGCUUGGUAAAGGUCGCCUGGGAAGUGCGGUCCUUGAGGAGUUAGUUAACGCUGGGUUUUCUGUGACUAUUUUGAGCAGAGACCCUUCUGGUGUGAAGGAUCUUCCGUCCGGGGUUAACACUCAUGAGGUCGAUUAUUCCUCUCAGGAUAGCCUGGGCGAGGCGCUCCGAGGCAAUGAUGUCGUAAUCGCUACCUUUGGAGCCGGUGCCAUUAUGGGUCAGGAGCCAAUCAUUGAGGCUUGCAUAAAAGCUGGAGUAAAGCGAUAUAUUCCAGCCGACUGGGGUUCCGUGACAACUGACCCCGAGGCGCGCUCUCUGCCCAUCAACUACCCAACGGCCCAAGUCCAGGAGUCCCUCAAGAAGAAGGCCGAGGCGGGCUUACUUGAGUACACGAUUUUCUCCGUGGGCGCUUUCUUGGAUUUACUCCUCGAUUUUCCCUUCGUUCUCGACUUGAAGACAUCUUCGAUCCAAAUGUUUGACAACGGUGAACACGGCUUCAGCGCUACCAGUCUUCACAAUAUUGGAAAGGCCGUUGCCGGCGCCCUCAAAGUUCCUGAGGAAACCAAAAAUCGAAAUCUUUUCAUUCACGACACCGUCUUGACCCAGGCCAAGAUUCUGGCCAUUGCAAAGAAGUACAGUCCCCCGACGGUUCAGUGGACGCAGACAAAGGUAGACGGACAGAAAGAGUUCGAGAAGUCUCUUGACAACUUCUCAAAGGAUCCAAAGAACUUCAAUCUCAUAUUCCCUUUGCUCAAAGCUCAACUACUUUGUGGAAAGUAUCGUACUGCCUACACUAAGGUGGACAACGAGCUGGUUGGCCUCCCUCUUCUGACGGAUGAAGAAUUGGAGAAGAAAUUGGCUCUCAAGUUUCAGAGUGCUUAA